AUGAUCGAAAAUAAUCCCAAAGAGAAGUCAAGAGCAUAUGCAGAAAUCCAUGAUGAUGAAGGAGAUGAUUGGAGUGAGAUUCUUCCAGAAGAAGAUCGUGUUAAUGAUCAAUUCACAGCUCAUGGCAGAACAAUAUCAAAAAGCAAACAUCGUGCCUUUGUUGCUGAAAUAAAGGAGAAAACUCGAGAAGAAAUUCCGAGUGAGAAAACCGAGAGAGAAAGAUUCAUUGUUGGGUGCAGAAUGGAGAAAAUGCAAGAAGAGUAUGAAAAUGCUGUAAGCAAUAAAAGAUGGGACAAGAAGCGAGAGUGUUAUGUCAACAGAGAUGGUGAACCUGUCGUCCACAGGAGGGACAUAGUUCAUGAUGAUGUUCUUCUAAUAAUUCCUCGUUCCGGCAAAUACUAUUCAAAUGUUGAAAAAGAUAAAACAUAUGUGAAAAGGCUGGAUAAAAUCAUAAGAGAUGCCAUGACAUCAAGUUUAAGGAAGAGGGAUGAAGCAAGAAUGAAGAAAAAUGUUGAGUGUAUGGUAGAAGAGUUGAAGAAGGUGGCUGAAGAAGUGAAAAAAAAAGAAGAGAAAGUUGAAGAAACAGUUGUUGUGAAUGAAGAAGUUGUGAAAGAAGCUGCUACUGAAGAAGAGCAAUUUGAUGAGAUGAAGAAGAAAGAAGAAAAAGAAGAAGUGAAGAUAGAGAGGUUGAAUGCUGAUGUUGGUGUUGAUGCUGGUGAUGAGAAGAAGAGUGAAGCUGAUCAGAAGCAGACGGAAGCAAACACCGAGGUGCCAAUCAUUGAGGUGCUCAAGAAAAUUGAAGACUGUGAGAAUGGAAAUCGGAGCAGCCUAGCACAACGGGAAGAGGAGGCUGCUGAACCCUGUGUUGGUUGA